AUGAAAAUUUGCAUGUGGAAUGUUAGGGGUGCAAAUAGAAACUUAUUUUUAUCGCAUGCAAAGGAAGUUAUUUUCAACCAAAAUCCAGAUAUUUUCAUUUUUCUUGAAACAAAAGAUGAUGGUUCUAGGGCCAGGGAGACCAUGAUAGCUCUAAAGUUCUCAGACUUCAGGGUGGUUAGACCAGUAGGGACUAGAGGGGGAAUUUGGAUGUUUUGGAAAAAAACAGUUGACAUGGUCCUUUUUUAUGCUGAAAAUACUUAUUUUCAUUCGCUUUUUCAUUUCAAAAAUCUGGGGAAGGAGGGUCUAGUAACAGCCAUGCAUGCUCCUAGUUCUUCUAAGGAUGAAUUCAGUCAUUGGAAUUCUAUUCGUUCAAAUUUACCUCCUAAGAACACUCUGUGGCUGGUUUUGGGAGACAUGAAUGAGAUAACCAGUCAAUUUGAGAAAAUAGGGGGUAGACCAUUUCGUGUGAAUCAAGGAAAGGAUAUGGUGAAUUUUAUGGAUGACGAUAGGCUAGUGGAUUUGGGUUUUAAUGGCUGUCCUUUCACCUGGACUAAUGCGAGGGAUGGCCAGAAUCUCAUCCAAGAGAGACUUGAUCGUGCACUAGCUAACUCACCAUGGAUGGAGGCUUAUCCACAUACUAUGGUUCAUCACUUACCUCGCACCUUUUCUGAUCACUCUUCUCUUUUAAUAUCGCUUUCUAAUAUUUCUGCUACAGGACCUUUUCCUUUUAGAUGUAAAGAAGUGUGGUUAUCACACCCUGAUUUUACUAAUUAUUUUGUUAGCAAUUGGAAUCCCCCUAAUAAUUCUUUUCUGCAGGGAAGAGAGGAAUUUCUUAAGUCUAUUCCUAUUUGGAAUUAUAACAUUUUUGGCAAUUUAAAAAAACAAAAAAAUGAACUUUUAUCAAGAAUUGACGGAAUACAGAUUGCCUUAAGUAAAAAUUAUUCUAGAUAUUUAAUUGAUUUAGAAAAAAAUUUAAUUCAGAAUCUCAAUGAUAUUUUACACAAAGAAAGAUUGAUUUGGACACAAAAAUCGGGCAUGAACUGGAGAAAAUAUGGAGAUUAUAAUACCAAAUAUUUCCAUAUGAUAGCCAAUAUUAAGAAAUCUAGGGGAAAAAUUUUAACCUUAAAAAACAGUGAUGAUGUGUGGAUUACAGAUCAAACUCAACUUAAGGACAUGUCAACGACCUACUUUCAAAAACUUUUUACUACUACUCGUUUACAUGGUAAUUUAUAUUGCAAUACUCAUAGUACUUUACCCAUUAAUCAUGAGGAGUACAACUUUUUGAAUUCGCCUAUUUCUAUGGAAGAAGUUAAGAACAAUCUUUUUGCUAUGAGUCCGAUUAAAGCUCCCGGACCGGAUGGGAUUUAA